GACCAACACCUCCGCUACCAGCAUCACCAGCAUCAUCGCAAGCUUCUUUCUCCUCGACAUCGGAGACGCUCACGAUUCCCACUCCCAAGUGCCCAUACCCAUUCUGGAAACGAAUAUGACAAUGGACGUCGAAGACGAAGAAGAUUUCUACUCCCCCGAGCCCUCUGUAGCUCCCGAAACGUCGGACGGAACAAACACAACAACAAAUGCUGGCGACAGCCACGUCGAAAGGGAGGCCACAGGUUCGGCGACACCAGCGCCGACAACCAAUACCAAUGUGGAGCCGAAGACUGAGCUUGAGCUUGAAGAGGGAGAAGAAGAAGACGAAGAAGGUCCCAUGGACGAGGAUGACGACGACUCGGACAUCGAAAUCGUCACCGAGAGGAAAGACGGCACAAAAGCGGCCCCGCCCACUCAAUCGAGAUAUAGCGAUAUUAGGAACAUUCCUCAACGAUCGGCGUCCAACGACGUGUCCACGAAGCAACCACCCGCCAGUAAAUCCCCGCAACCAAAGAUCGAAUCCCCCGCCCAGCGACUCGCCGUCCCUAGCGCCGACAAGGCAGCCGCAGCUGCUUCGAGCUCCAAGAUUGACAUUAACGGAAACCCCAUCUAUACUCCGACCGGCAAGCACAUAACCGCCAUCAACAUAGACGAAGACCUCCCCGACAACGAAAAGCCCUGGCGCAAACCUGGCACCGACAUCAGCGACUACUUCAACUACGGCUUCGACGAGUUCACCUGGGCCCUCUACGCCGCCAAACAAGAAGCCAUCCGCAACGAGUACAACCCCGACCUCAUGAUGGCCGGCAACAAGAAGAUGAUGGAGGACUUUGGCAGCAUGAUGAUGAUGGGCGGCAUGAACAUGCCCGGUGCCGCUGCCCCCGGGCCCCAGCCUGGCGGCCCCGCCCAACCCGGCAUGUCCGCGAUGCCGUCCAUGGGCGCCAUGCCCGGCAUGGAGGGGAUGCCGCCCGACAUGCAGGCCAUGAUGCAGCAGAUGAUGGCCUCCGGCAUGGAUCCCAGCCAGAUGGACCCCGGCGCCAUGUCCGCCAUGUUUGCCGGCAUGCAGAACCAGGGUGCCGCCGCCGCCGCCGCGCAAGGGGGUGGCCAGGGGCAGGGGUUCGGUCAGGGCGGUGGUGGCUUUGGCGCGGGUGGUCAGGGCAUGGGACAACUGGGGACUGGCGGCGUUUAGGUGUCGGGCUUCCGGCUGGUCUGGUGGUUGGACAAGCCUAUUUCUCUUGUAGGAUGCAAUGGGAGGAGGAGGAGGAGGAGGAGGAGAUACCCAAUAAUAAAGUCAUGUGCUUCCUCUAUCCGGCGACGCGACUCACGAGGUGUAUCGCCAACAUCGCCAACAUCACCACGUCAAACCCAC